CGUUUUUGUUGCCAAUUAAUAUUAAUAACAGGAAUUCUUAACAAUUUUUAAUGCGAGGGUUUCCUCUUAAAUCCUUGCUUCAGGAUUUUCUUAUUUGCUUGCAAGUACCUCAGUGCUAUAAGCUCAGGAAUCUGUCUGCAUAUACUCACUUUAUAAUAGUUAAGAUCCAAUUCAAGGAAUCAUCAUUGUAUAGCUGCUGUAGAUGUGCUAAAGAAUUCUGGUGCUGGACUUUGUCUUGUAGUUUUAUGCUCUGCAUCAGUCUUUUAGCAGAUGGGCACUCAAAAUCCCCUCUGUCAAUUUCAUCUCUGAUAAACCAAUGAUGUCCCAGAAAGGAGUGUGAGAAUCAAUAAAGAAUUAGAAAAGCUAUUAAAUUUGUUCCUAAUUUUAAUAAAUUUGCUUUUGCAUCACCAUAACCACAGGAGAAGAGGGUACUUGGCAAUCAGUGCUUGUCAUCUUAAUUUCUCUGGGAAUCAUUAAAAUAUCAGCCUGAAAGAAAUACUCUAGGCAAACUGACUACGUCCCACAUUGGACACUUUCCACAAUCUGGAAUUGUAAGAAAGGAAGUGAGAGUUUUGCAAGAUGCAUAAGGAUGUGUUCGAUGCUUGAAAUUUAUUUUCAGUCCCUGCCAUGGAUUGAGUGCAAAAUGACCUCCAUGCACUGUAUUGUACAAGUACUGUAGAAUAUUUUAAGGCUGCAGCGCAACAGCUGCUGCUCAACCUGACUGCUUCAGCCUCCAUUUCUGCCUCAGUUUAUCAGUGCUGAAAAUUUACCAAAGAGAUUAGAAAAGCCUUUUAUUAUUUCUCUGCUCUCAACAACUGGUGUUUCCCAGUUUACAGAUCCACCUUCUCACUGUUUGGGACUAGACCUCCCUUAGCGACUUCUGCAUCCUCAGAGAUUACUGCAGACACUGUUUCAGCAAGGAGGUCUUCUGGGUUCACACAGAAUUGGCUUUUGUAGACUAUGCUUGCAAUUUUAGACCAUGACUCAUUAAUAGUUAAAAUUAAGAGCUUUUUCCAUAGAUUUGAAGUGAUUUUGAUACUAUUUCCCUCCACAUUUUAAUUUUUUUUAAGCAUUGCACUGGUUGGCUUGGUAUGCAUUUUUUUCUGCUCAUUCAUAAUAUUGUGUUUUAAUGGCAGGGAAGAAUUAAAAUUAAUACCUAGUUACAUUAUUGAUUAAACAAGAAAUGGCUAUGAGAGAUUCUGGGGAUGGGCUUUGUUUCUCUGUCUGUAAAAUAUUUUCAAAAGCCAGUUUUGGCCACUCUCCUCUUCCAAAUAGUCUGACUUUUAUUUUUAAAGGCCCGCUUUUGUACAGAACUGUGUAAACUUUCCACAAGUGGAAUGCCUUUGCUAAAUGUGCCGCUCACAAUCAGGGCAGGGGAGCAGACAGCCCCACGUUGCAUAGAACAGGAAUCUUGGCUUGUUGUAGCAUGUUUCAAAACUUGUCCCAGGGAAGCAACGUAAAUACUCAAGUUGCUUAAUGUUGAGUUGGGUAAGAUGGGACACAAGUCCUCACCUCUUAGAGAAGUUACAGGAUUUCACAAGUGACCUCUGUGGGUCAUGUCCUGGCAGGCCCUGCUCUGUGCUGGCCACAUUUGGUACCUCCUCAUGCUCACACGACACGAUACCAUUGCCACUGGGCAAGUCUUGGACUACUUCAUCUUGCCUUUAGGCCACAGAGACAUCCCAGUGUCUCUAACAUAUCCACAUAGACCUGUGAGAAAGCCAUAAGGCCUGUUUUUCAUUUUAAAUGAAAAUCAGGUUUGCAGCCUUAGACUCUCAAAGGGGACACCAAAAAGAUCUUUUUAGGUAAUUGAAUCUUAACCAUGGUGGCUACUUGUCUUUAUUACAACUGUACGAAUUUCUGUGUGUUUAUCAGAGUGUUUCACCAAUAUUUUCUUUUUUAUCCUUUUGGUUUUAUUAUUUUCUAAUGUGAAGAAUACCGGCAUGAAUUGAUGCCUUUUGAUAAAGAUGAAUGAAUAUCACACAAGGCUGGUGCUAAAGCCUUUCUCAACGGGCUGGUGCUAAAGCCUUUCUCAAGGGGCUGUAUCAAAGCCUUUCUCAAGGCAACUUGCUGUCCCUGUAUAAAACCCCUCAUGGAGGUGGGCAAUUCAAUGACCAAUGCCAAAGUAAUACAGGUUCAGUAUCUCACUGUUCACUAUGUGCAAUGCUGUUCCUUAUUUAUCAUUGUGGUGCUUAAGGGACUUCUGCAGAUGUGUUAGAUGCUGCAUAGACAAAAAUCUAUUUUAAUGCUCUCAGUGUACACUAUGAAAAAGUUAAUCUGUGCCACAAAAGAAUAGUUUUGCAGGGGUUUUUUUUUGUCAUUCAGCAAGAUUUCAGUGGUGCAGCAGCCAUGCUAAUAACUUCUUUCAAUGUCUGGCAGCUCUUGUGUAUUCAUGGAUAUGCGUAUAACUACUGAAUGCAUUUAUAUAAAUAAACAUUCAUUGUUAGGCAAAAAGACAUUGAAACCAGGUGUAAUCGCAGAAAAAACUGGGAGAGAAAUGAGACAGAAAUGCAUUCAAAAGAGAUACUGGAAGGAUUCUGAUCCUUUGCAAAUGUUUAUCAUUGUAGCUUUUCAUACUAGUGCACAUUUAUACUUUCUAUAACAGCUUAGGAAGCUGAAUUAUAAAGGAAAAAUCUUCAGGGUUAAAAAUACCCUGCUUUAUGUUGAAGAAAGUCAACCAAUUGAAGGGCUAAGCUCUCUAUUCCAAGCUUAUCUAAACUAACCAAUCGGUCUAUCCAGGACCUUAAAUGACUUUCUACCACAACAGAAUGUGUGCAUCUCCCAUCCCUCCCUUUAAGGGAGUCCUUACCUGCCCUCCUUUCAUUUCUGCCAGAUGAGACACAGCUUGGUUUACACAGUGUAGCUGCUCAGAGCUGCAGAAUUAUCUGCGGGCAGGUGAGGUUAGACAAAGUAGGUCUUGCACAAAGCCCUGAGGUCCAUGGUCAUGCCGAUGGCUGGAGUGGCUCACUGUGGCUCCUGCAUUCCUGGAGCCUGGCAGAGCAGGAAAGGACACGUAUCCUGGAUGUGCUUCAGCUAUGGGUCUGUGCAGUCUGUCCCACCAUUCCUCAGAGAGCUGGGAGGAGGAGAGCAGUUGAUUUGGAUGAUGAAGGAAAGAGCCCUGAAAUCACCUGGAUUUCAGCCUCUCUGAGCCUUAUGAUGUUACAGAUGUCAGUGCAUCUGGGAGUGGAAUGAAGCAGAUUUAGAAUGACGCGCACAAGCAGCUUUGGGAGCUUUGACCGUUUUAGGCAUCACUCGAUAUCAAAGACAGAUGAUUCAGCUGAGAUAUCUGAGCUGGAGACUAUAAGUGACAUUGGGGAAGCAGUACAAAUUAAAGCAGCAAACAACGGAGGAAGCCUGAGUAAGAAGAUGAGAGCCAUUUCACUUACCAUGAAGAAAAAGAUGGGUAAAAAAUACAUCAAGGCACUCUCGGAGGAGAUGAAUGAAGAGGGAAAAGAAGACAGUGAUCCUGGUGGUGGAACACACACUGAGAAGGUCUCCCUAAAAGCCAGUGACUCUUUGGAAAGUCUCUAUAGUCUGAACAGUGGCCAGAGCUCAUCUAGUGGGGUGACCAGCUGCUCCGAUGGCAUGAGCAACAGGGACAGCCUCCGCUUUGAUGACGAGGUCCCCUACAAUGGCCCCUUCUGCGGCCGAGCCAAAGUCCACACCGAUUUCACACCCAGUCCUUACGACACUGACUCGCUGAAAAUCAAGAAAGGAGACAUCAUAGAUAUCAUCUGCAAAACUCCCAUGGGCAUAUGGACAGGCAUGCUGAACAACAAAGUUGGAAAUUUCAAGUUCAUUUAUGUGGAUAUUAUCUUGGAAGAAGAAACUACACCCAGAAAGAUAAACCCACACAGAGGAAGCAAAAGGACCAAGCCUAAAACAUUGCAAGAGCUCCUGGAAUGUGUCCACCUGCAGGAAUAUUCCUCAACCCUCCUGCUGAAUGGCUACGAAACUCUAGAGGACUUAAAGGAUCUACAGGAAAGCCACCUUAUUGAAUUAAAUAUUUCUAACCCAGACGACAGGGCAAGAUUGUUAUCAGCAAUUGAAAAUCUGCAGGACUGUGACACUGAAGAACAGCAGAAAAGUGAGGAUGGUCAGGAGACGCAGAACUUAAGCCCUCAGCAGAGUUUUGACAAAUCACAGUUAAAUGACUGUCCAAGAGAUUCUGGCUGUUACAUCUCAUCAGAAAAUUCAGAUAAUGGUAAAGAAGAAGCAGACCCAGAAGCCCUGUCUGACAUGGUGCAGUCAAUAACAAUCAGUGAGUCAAACUGAUUCAGUCCUGCUGCUUUUCUGCAGAUUUUCAGAAAAGACAAUCACAUUUGUCAGUAUGGUGGCACAGAAGCAGAAUACAAAAUAUUCUCAGCACUGAAAAUCUACUUUUUUCUGAUUCAUGAUGCUCUAAACUGUUUCAUAUGUGGACACUUGAUAGAUAAAUGUUAGUUGAUGAUAAGAAUUUCUCAUGUUUUUCUUUUCAAUGAAUCCACAGGUAUUUCCCUGAAAAAGUUUAUACAAAAGUAUUUAUAAAUAUUUGUACAGCAAAUGCAUUUUCUAUAAUAGUAGGAAAUUUUUUUAGGUAGUGGUUCAUAAUCUGGAGAUGUUAAUUUCUGGAACUGUCCAAAAUGUAAAUAUUGUAUAUAUUUAUUUUAAAAAUAUAUGGAUUAAUCACACUGUCUCUAUUUUGAGCUCUGUUUCGCUGAUUUGUGUACAGAAUGCAUUUUCAUUGAUCAUCAUAAUAAAAAGGUGGAUACAGUCACACCCUAUUUUGAAAAGUACCAAGCCAAUUCUCACUAAUAUUAAAGCUGUUUCACACCACUUUUCUCCAAAAUGAGCUCUAAAGUGGACUGUCAUUUCCUGUACUUUAUCCUGGAGGCAUGAGAGAACUGUAGGGUGAAUCUGAAUUCAGUUCUCUGUGGUCCUCAUGUUGUGGGAGAACAGAGCCAUCCGAAUGGCUUGUGCAGUGGCAAUUUUUUUAUGGCUCUUUUCACACGUGUUCUCAUUUGUCCCAAGCAUUACACAGAGAAUUCAAACUCAGAGAAAAAAGCCAUCAGGAUCAGUGCUAUGCUUUUUUGAUGACGUUUUGUGAAGGUGUUGCCUUUUGUGUGUGGUGUGAAGUUUGUCAAUAGAGUAUAUGUUUGUAUACAGAACUCAGAAGCUAACAUGGUUAUUGUACCUGACUGUCUUUCAUAUGAGAUUUUAUCGUCUUUUCCCAGUAUAUUUCACACUGGAAUACACAUUUUAACUGCCUGUCUUCUUUUAGAGUACUUCCUUCAAUAAUAAACAGAAUCAUGUGUUUAA